GCUGAACCCGUGACGGUCAUGAGAACUUCUCAAGGGCUUUCAGAGCCGCUCUGAACCUCAGCAGAUCCACAGUCACAGCAGACGCUCUCACAAUCACAGUGUUUGACGAUCAUGUCUUACGGUGGAUCAGGUUCAGUGUCUCGAGGAGAAUUCAGUGUUCAUUUCUCCAGCAGACGAGGAACAGGAUUCAUCCGAGCUGAAGAGGCGGCAGGAAUCGCGUUACUGGCCGUGAUCCUCACAGCGCUGCUCAUUCUAGGAUGCUGGUACUACCGCCGACGGGGCGGAUACAAGAUGAUCCGGAGUGGACGAGGCAACGGUCAGUCGUGGAGAGAGAUGAUGAGGACGGGUCAGCACAGCGAGUCCGGAUCCGGGGAGGAAAACAAAGUGGCCUUGAAUGAAUUCAGCAACCUGCAACCAGCGAUUCCCAACGCUCCUCCAGCCUAUGAGAAGAUCGUCUCCGGACCGUCACCUCCUCCUUACUCACCAUGAAAUCAGAUCCUAAAGAAGAAUCUGUGGAAAUCUGUAAUGUUUGGGAUGAACAGUCACAUGACAGAAGUAAUGCAUCUCAACACCUGAUCCUGAGGAUUCUUACCAAAGCUUGAGGACUGGAAAUCUCUGACACUAAAGUGCUUUUUUGAGUUUAAAUAAAGUUCUAGUUUAGUUCAAGGUAUAAAUGUUUUAAUGUCAGGAGUAUUGCCUUCUGUUACGGAUGAUUUACUUUUAAACUAUAAUCCUUUUCAAACAUGUAUUUCUUUUCCAAGUGUAUCAUUGUAAAGGUGAACAACAGUAAUGAAACUUGUACCUACAUAUUCCUCGAGCAGCGGGAAAUCUCUGACUCGGGUAUACGAGACAAGCUACGUUUCUAUGAGGAGAUGCUGAGCUUCUUAUGCAGUGAACGGCAUCACUGCACUGUGCAAACUGUUCAAUAAAACAUUAAUGUAAAGCA